AUGGACGAUGACAGUGAUCGUACACCGGAGGCAUCGUCGGAGGAUUCCGAUUUGGAGUCUGAAAAUGGCGGUGAUGGUGUGAAUUUUGUCACGGACACGUUAUUUCCAACGUUUGAUGAUGCAGUUAAAUGGGCGGAUGCUGUUUCCAUAUAUCUGGGAUUUAUUUUGGUUAAAUCAUCUUACAACAAAACUAGAGAUGGUUGGCCGUAUCGAUAUUUGAAAUGUGAUCGGGGACGGAAGAGCAAGCCGAGAGACUUUGAGAACGCAAUACAAAAGGACACAAAAACCAAAGCUAAUGCUUGUCCUUUCUACAUCAAGAUAUAUUAUGAAUUCAUCACAAACAGUUGGAAGAUUCGUGCAAAAAAUGAUGAAACUGGGACCCAUAGUCAUCCAAUGAUUGUGUAUCAGGAGGGUCAUUGUAAAAUUACUGGCUUGAGCCCGGAUGCAAAAAAGGUUGUGCGUGACCUGACAAAGUCCAAGAUUGCACCGCGUAACAUCAUGGCAACUAUUUCAGAGCAAUAA